GCCUGAUAGCAGCAACACCAGUGCCAGCUUCGUCUUUCUCUCAGCCUUUCUCGCAGCCUCAUCAUCCCUCCUCUGCUCCCACUUUCUGCUCUUUUCUGCCAUUCCUUCUUGCUGUUGAUACAUUCACUGGCACUUUAGGCCAACCCACAUUCACACAAUCCGCCAAGAUGUUUAUGGCAAGAUCUGAAUACGAUCGGGGUAUCAAUACCUUCUCCCCCGAAGGUCGUCUCUUCCAGGUCGAAUACUCUCUCGAGGCAAUCAAGCUCGGUUCCACCGCCAUCGGUAUCGCCACCUCCGAAGGCGUCGUUCUGGGUGUCGAAAAACGAGUCACCUCCUCCCUCCUUGAAACCUCCUCCGUCGAGAAGAUCGUCGAGAUCGACCGCCACAUUGGCUGCGCCAUGUCUGGCCUCCAGGCCGACGCCCGGUCCAUGAUCGAGCACGCCCGCGUCGAGUGCCAGAGCCACGCCUUCAACUACAACGAGUCACUGAGUGUCGAGAGCUGCACGCAGGCCAUCUGUGACCUCGCUCUUCGCUUCGGCGAGGGUGCUGACGGAGAGGAGACCAUCAUGAGCCGGCCCUUUGGCGUUGCGCUUCUCAUUGCGGGAUUCGAUGAGAACGGACCCCAGUUGUUCCACGCAGAGCCCAGUGGCACCUUUUAUCGAUUCGAUGCCAAGGCCAUAGGAUCAGGCUCGGAGGGAGCCCAGGCAGAGCUGCAGAACGAAUACCACAAGUCUUUAACAAUUACUGAUGCAGAGACCCUGGUUCUCAAGACGCUGAAACAAGUAAUGGAAGAGAAACUGGACUCAAAAAACGUGCAGCUAGCCAGUGUGACCAAAGACAAGGGCUUCAGAAUAUACACCGAUGAUGAGAUGGCGGCCGUUGUCGAUCGACUACCAUCAAACUAAUCAACUAUCAUAUGCAUAACGAGAAUAGAAAAUAAUUGCAUUGCAGACUCCUUCUGUUCCAGUCACUCGAAUAACCAAAUGAAUAAGUGCGUGUAUGCAAUGCCACUCGAAAAGCCGCCAGG